CGCGCACAACAUUGUCAUUUGUGAAAAUACAACUAUUUUAGGUGUGAUGAAAGAAAUGAAAAGUGGAAAACAAAACUGAGCUCUGUAUUUCUCGCGGCAUCUCUUAUAAGCUUCAUCUCACUGGGACUAGGAGCCAUUACAUGAACGCACAGUGAUUAACAAUAGCAGAGAGAGAGAGAGGGAGAUGAAGACCAUUCCAUUGAUUCUGAUGGGUUGUGGAGGCGUUGGGCGACAGCUCAUCCAACACAUUGUCAGUUGCAGAUCUCUUCAUGCCAAACAGGGAGUGCUUUUGCGUGUUGUGGGAGUAUGCGACAGCAAAUCAGUGGUUGUAGCAUCAGAUGUAUUCACAAGGGGUUUAGAUGACGCUUUCUUGACAGAAAUUUGCCGGGUUAAGUCAUCUGGUUCUUCUUUGUCAAUUCUGGGCAGCAAAGGUGGUGAAUGUCAGAUAUUCAGCAACUUGGAAUCAGUGAAAAAAGUUGUGGAUAUUGCCAGUCACUUGGGCAGAACAACUGGUUUGACAUUUGUUGAUUGCUCUGCCAGUUCUGAGACUAUUGAAAUACUAAAUCAAGCUGUUGACCUUGGUUGCUGCAUUGUGCUAGCAAACAAGAAGCCUCUUACAUCUCCAAUGGAGGAUUAUGAGAAAUUGGUCUCACAUCCACGCCACAUUCGUCAUGAAUCAACUGUUGGUGCUGGUCUUCCUGUCAUAACCUCUUUGAACCGCUUACUUGCAUCUGGGGAUCCAGUUCAUCGGAUUAUUGGGAGUUUGAGUGGUACACUAGGUUAUGUAAUGAGUGAAGUUGAAGAUGGAAAACCAUUUAGCCAAGUUGUUACAGAGGCUAAAUGCCUUGGUUAUACUGAACCAGAUCCUCGUGAUGACCUUGGCGGGAUGGAUGUUGCAAGAAAGGCUCUGAUCCUUGCUCGACUUCUUGGGGCACGGCUUAACUUGGAUGACAUUAAGGUUGAAAGCUUGUACCCUGCUGAAAUGGGUCCUGAUAAAAUGUCUUUGGAGGACUUCUUGUCCAGUGGACUUUCCUCGCUCGAUGAGGGUAUUGAUGAAAGAGUUAAAGUGGCUUCCUCAAAAGGGAAUGUGCUCCGUUAUGUCUGUGUUAUUGAUGGGUCAAGGUGUCAUGUUGGCAUUCAAGAGCUUCCAAAAGAUUCUCCUUUGGGGAGAUUGAAAGGAAGUGACAAUGUGUUGGAAGUUUACAGUAGAUGCUAUAGCAAGCAGCCAUUGGUUAUUCAAGGUGCUGGAGCAGGGAAUGACACUACAGCAGCUGGAGUCCUUGCCGAUAUCCUUGAUAUCCAGGAUCUGUUUUCAUGAGGGCUUUACCUUAGGAAUUAUGAUAGGCGGGUAGAUGAAUAGAUAUGUGCAGGAGCAGUAGUCUCUCUCUCUCCCCCAUGGUGUGUUAUCAAUUCAAACAUAAAGUGCUGAGUUCUGGUUUCAUUGUCCUUGAAGGCUGGUCCCUUUCAUCUUUCCGCCACUGACUGCCUCAAACCCAAUAGUGAUGUUACUGAACACAGCACUGCCUCAUGGCAUUGAGAACUUUUAUUUUUCAGGUUUUUAAUUAUUGAUUUUUUUUGUAGUUUCUUAAAGGGCAAAAGUGGAUUUCUGAGAAAAUAUAAGACAAAUACAAUGUCAAGUCAAAUGGUAUAUCAAAGAUAAUUAAGGGAGGGGUAUUAUUUGUCUGAUGA